UAUACUGACUGAUGAGCUCUGACAGCCCCAGAUGCAUUUGUGCAGUGAGCCAGAGAGCAAACAGUUAGAACGCAGUUAAGAUCAGGGUUUUGGAAACUUAGAACCAACCACUAUUGUUUUGAGACACCUGUCUCCUCCAUCAACUGUGCAGACAGUGGCGGUAGAAGGACGGCUGAGAGCCUGCUGUAUUCACUCAACAUGUAUAAAGUUGUUUCUUCACUGAGUGGCCGCUGUGCAGCUUUGACAGGACAGUCCUGCUGUUACAAUGGGUUGGCCAAAAUUCACCUGGGAAGUGGUGCAGCAUGUCAGAAAGCAGCCUUCAAAAAGGACCACGAAGACCUUCCAGAGAUGCCUCCAUGCAAAUUCAAACCACAGGAAUACAAAGGUAUGUCCAAAGAGCGAAUGAUGGAGAUCCGCAGGCAGAACUGCAACCCUGUGACCACGAAGAUAACCUACUACAAGAAACCAGUGUUCAUCCAUCAGGGAUUCAUGCAGUGGAUAUGGGACGUGGACGGGAGGCGAUAUCUGGAUCUGUUUGCUGGUGUGGCUACUGUCAGUGUGGGCCACUGCCACCCGAAGGUGACCGCAGCCACAGAGAAGCAGCUGAGGACACUGUGGCAUACUACAAACAUCUACGUCCACCCAACUCUCCAUGAGUACUGUGAGAAACUGGCCUCCCUCUUACCAGAUCCUCUGAAGGUGGUUUAUCUGACCAACAGCGGCUCAGAAGCCAAUGACUUAGCUAUGUUGAUGGCUCGGCUUCACACAGGCAACUUUGACAUCAUCACUUUCAGAGGAUCGUACCACGGUGGCACCCAACAAACCAUGGGUCUAACCUCCAACUCACCCUACAAAUACCCCGUCGCCACCAGUUCAGGCUGCACAAAUACCAUGUGCCCUGAUGUGUUCAGAGGUCCGUGGGGAGGAAGCCACUGCAGGGACUCUCCUGUGCAGACCAUCAGAGACUGUAGCUGUGCUCAAGGGCAAUGCAUGGCAAAUGAACAGUACAUUGGCCAGCUCAAAGAAACAUUUGCUACCAGUGUCCCUAAUCGGAUUGCUGCUUUCUUUGGAGAGCCCAUUCAGGGUAUGGGAGGAGCUGUUCAGUAUCCCAAAAACUACUUUAAGGACGCUUACAAACUUGUGAGAGAGAGGGGAGGGGUCUGCAUUGCUGAUGAGGUUCAGACGGGAUUUGGACGAACAGGAACUCACUUCUGGGGUUUCCAAGGUUAUGAAGUUCUUCCUGAUAUCGUUACAAUGGCGAAAGGCAUUGGUACUGGAUUCCCAAUGGGGGCUGUUGUUACAACACCAGAAAUUGCUGCAUCUUUUGCUAAAGCCUACCACUUCAACACCUUCGGAGGAAGUCCUUUAGCUUGUGCAGUUGCUUCAUCUGUGCUUGAUACUAUCAAAGAAGACAACUUGCAGCAGAACGCUCUAAAUGUGGGGACCUAUCUGAUGACAGAGAUGGCCAAAUUCAGAGACAAGUAUGAGAUUAUCGGGGAUGUCCGAGGAAAAGGCCUGCAGAUCGGAGUGGAAAUGGUCAAAGAUAAGGCCAGCAGAGAGCCGCUGCCUUCUGAGGCCAUAAACAAGAUUUUUGAGGACGUCAAGGACAUGGGGGUGCUAAUAGGGAAAGGAGGACUCUACGGACAGACGUUCCGUGUCCAGCCCCCCAUGUGCAUCACAAAGGAGGAUGUGGAUUUCUUCCUGGCAGUUUUCAACAAGGCAAUCCAAAACUACCUAAACAGUCACUGAACAGGAGAUAGAGAGAGAGAGAGAGGGGACACAAGACCAAGGACCAAACCUGGAAACUCACUCAGAAGAGAGUGCAGCACUUUUGUAAAUUGUGACAAAACAUGUAAAUUGCUGUUUAUUUCAUAUAGUGAUGAUCUAUAUGUUAUUAUUCACACAAUUUAAUGCCUACCUUUAGUCUGUAUGAUAUCAUUGGGGGUAAAAAUAUAGGCCUUUCCUUGAAAGUCAGCUCAAAAUUCUGCAAAACAUUGGGCAAAUAACACUGCUUUAAAGCAGAAUUUUAAUACUACGGUUGAAAAUGUUAUGAUACCGUGACACUAUUCAUCCCAAAGAGCAGCAGUACUAAAAAGUAUUACAGCUUUUAAGAUUUUAUAGAUUUUCAGUCAUAUCUUUACCCAGAUCUACAGCCAGCAAAAGAAACUGCAGAUUCAGUAGAUACCAAGUCCUUUAGAGCCUUUUAAAGAUGCAACAAUUAAGUUAAAGUCUCUUGGGAAUACACAGAGAGCUGAGGAGGUGACUCUGUCUAAAUCCCAGAAAAAGCAUGCAUACAUGGCAUUGUACAAACACAAUUCCAAAAAAGUUGGGACAUUGUGUAAAAUGUUAAUACAAACAGAAUUCAGCGAUUUGCAAAUCAUUUCCAACCUAUAUUCAAGUAAAUACAUCACAAAGACAAGAUAUUGGUUUGUUAAAAUUAUAAACUUCAAUUUUUUUGGAAAUAUGCACACAUUCAGAAUUUGACACCUUUAAUGUGUUACCAGAAAAGCUGGGACAGGAGCAAGAAAAGACUGGGAAAGCUGUAAUUAUUCACCAUGUAAAUGGGAUAUAUUCUUAACAAGAGAUAGUACCAUGAUUGGGUAUCAAAGAACCACUUCUGAAAAGCUAAGUUGCAUACAAUUAUCAAUGGUGUGAGGUUCUCAAUUUUGUGAAGGACUGUGCUGGCAAACAGUGUAACGGUUCAUGAAUUCCUAAAAGUGCAGCUGCAAGGCAUUUAGAAUCUGGAUAAAUCUCUACUCAUUAGUGGCAAGGCCAGAAACCAGCAUAUGCCUGUGACAUUUGACCCUUCCAGUGGCACCGCAUUACAGCAUCAUUCUGUGAUGAAUAUUACAACAUGGGCUAAGGAGCGCCAUGAAAAAUCAUUUUCAGUUAAGACAAAAAAUCACAGGGUCUCAGAUGGCCUUGUGAUUUAAGGCUUGCCCCAUAUAUGCAGACAGCUGGGAUCGGAAUCCGGCUCGUUGGCCUUUCCCGCAUAUCUCUUCCAAACUCUCUCUUCCCUGUUUUUGAUUCUAUCCACUGUCCUCCUUUAUCAAUAAAGGCACAAAAAGCCCCCAAACUCCACCUUAAAACCAUGCACAUUCAAAGUUGAGCUUAUCUGACAUGGACUGACCUAAUGUGGAUCUGUGAUCUGAUAAUCAAAUUGUUUUUGAAAGUUAAGGUCUUUCAAGUCCUGAGGGCUACAGACUGAAAGGACCAUCCAGAUCGUUAUCAGUGCAGAGUUCAAAAGCAUCUGUGAUGGUGUGGGGGUGUAUUGGUGCUCAUAGCAUGGCUGACUUGCACCCAGCACUGUUGAGCAACUUUACAUGCACAUUAAGCAAGAACAGCAUGGAAAUGUCACUUUAGGUACUUCUACAAUAAGUGUCUUCAGUCCUCUGACACUUACAGUGUUUUUAAAAGAAAAGAGGACGUAAACAUGCUAAUGUCCUAACUUUUAUGGAAUGUGUGUGUAUUUACAUGGAUAGUUUUGCAGUUUGGGCAAUAAAUAUCUUGUCUUUGUGCUUUAUCGAAUUCAACAUAAAUUAACAGAUUUGCAAAUCACUGUAUUGUUUUUAUUUAUAUUUAACAUAACAUCCCAACUUUUUUAGAAUUGGGAUUUCUUAUUUAUGAAAUUUAUAGUGUUCAGAAAUCUUCUUCCAUUUUUUAUUAUUAUAAACAUGAAACUGCAGUAAUCGCUGUCUUAGAUUUACUUUUUUGCUUCAGUGGUGCUGAAAUAUGUAGUAACAUGAUUUUUACUGGUGUUUGAUCAAAGUUGAAAAGACUCGUCUUCUUUAUCUUAGUUUAUAGCUUAUAAUUCCAUUGUAUUGAAUUUUGCAGUCAGGAGUUUAUUCCUGUUCUAGUUUGUAUCCUAAAGAAAUGUUGUUGACAUGUUUCAUGGACCAAUAUCUG